CGGAAUGUUUAUCCUGCUUCUCGUCGUCGCACCCCUCGUGGUGGGGGACUUCGCCUUCAGAAACACGUCUCUACCCUGGGACGACAGAGUCAACGAUCUCGUGGGUCGUCUCACCCUGGACGAGAUCAAACUACAGAUGUCACGUGGUGGUGCGGGCCCUCAAGGUGGACCCGCCCCUGCUAUACCCCGACUGGGUAUCAACCCCUACUCCUGGAACACCGAGUGUCUCCGGGGUGAUGCGGGGGCGGGGGACGCUACCUCCUUCCCCCAGGCCAUAGGACUUGGUGCCUCAUUCAGCCCUGAUCUGAUAUUCCGAGUAGCCCAGGCCACUGGUGAGGAGGUGAGGGCCAAGUUUACUGACUACAUGAGGAAAGGACAAUAUGGCGACCACAAGGGAAUUAGUUGUUUCAGUCCAGUCAUCAACAUCGUCAGAGACCCCAGGUGGGGCAGGAAUCAGGAAACAUAUGGUGAAGAUCCCUUUCUGACAGGCGUUUUAGCUGCAAAUUUCGUAAAGGGUCUCCAGGGAAACGACCCCCGUUACAUCAGAGCCAACGCUGGAUGCAAACACUUUAACGUCCAUGGCGGCCCUGAGAAUAUACCCGUUUCACGCUUCUCGUUUGAUGCAAAGGUAUCUGAACGAGACUGGCGCACUACGUUUCUGCCAGCGUUCUGCUCCUGUGUCAAGGCCGGGACUUACAGUAUCAUGUGUAGCUAUAAUAGAAUCAACGGAGUCCCUGCUUGUGCCAACAAGAAGCUUUUGACGGAUAUUCUCAGGACCGAAUGGGGUUUCAAAGGCUACGUGGUCAGUGACGCAGCUGCCAUUGAGGUCAUCAUCUCCGAACAUCACUACACCAACAACAGCGUCGACACCGUCACAGCGUGUGUGAAAGCUGGAUGCAACCUCGAAUUGUCACCAAACUUAGACCAACCUGUCUUCUACUCUGUGGGUGAUGCUGUGAAACAAGGCAAGCUUACUGAAGACGAGGUGAGAAACAGUGUGAAGAAGUUAUUCAACGUCAGAAUGAGGCUUGGAGAGUUCGACCCACCGGCAAUGAGCCCAUACUCUAAGCUGGAUCUUUCCAUUAUUCAAAGCGACGCUCACAGGAACCUCUCCGUCGAGGCAGCAAUGAAAUCCUUUGUUUUGAUGAAAAAUCAAAAGGUCCUUCCUUUGAAAAUCUCAAACUACAAGAAAGUGGCGAUUGUGGGACCAAUGGCCAGCAAUACGCAGCAGCUGUUUGGAGACUUUUCCUCUGACAUGAACCCCAAAUACACCACGACCCCCCUACAUGGUGUAACCUCUAUCUGGUCCACAGUAAGGUAUGCCGCAGGCUGUUACCACAACACAUGUACACGUUACACACCAUACGAUGUCCAGGCGGCCGUCACAGGCUCUCACCUAAUAUUUGUAUGUCUCGGCACAGGUACUGAGAUAGAAUCUGAAGGCAACGACAAGGCCAACCUCGACCUCCCUGGACAACAGCUGCAGCUGCUUCAGGAUGCAGUCACCGCCGGCCAGGCAACAGGCGCCAAGGUCAUCCUUCUUCUAUUCAAUGCGGGACCCCUGAACAUUACAUGGGCUGUUGAGAGUCCUAAGGUUCACGCCAUCAUGGAACUAUUUUUCCCAGCGCAAGCAACAGGCGAGGCAUUGCGACGAGUACUUUUAGCUGAAGGACCCAACUCAGUUCCGGCUGGCAGACUUCCGAUCACGUGGCCAAUGUACAUGGACACGGUUCCUGACAUGACCAACUACUCAAUGGUUGAACGCACAUACCGGUACGCCACGUAUCCAGUUCUCUUCCCCUUCGGCUAUGGUCUGUCCUACACCAGCUUCUUCUACGACAUACUGGAGUGUACUGCUCAGGUGACGGCAGGGGACGACAUCACCGGUUCUGUCUCAUUCAGAAAUCGAGGAUCUUUCGACGCCGAUGAGGUCGUCCAGGUGUAUAUAUCCUGGUCUAACGCCACUGUGGAAGUUCCACAGCUUCAGCUGGUGGCCUUCGACAGAGUUUUUGCACCACAGGGUGUACAAACACAAUGGGACUUCGCCAUUUCGGCUGAAUCUAUGGCAGUGUGGACGGAUAAGAAGGGAUGGGUUGUUGAACCAGGUGAGCUAUUUCCUUACGGUCAGUUCUAAACACAACUACCAUUACAACAGAUUUAAAGAAUACAUCACUGAAAUGAGUACAUCACAGAUUUACCGAUUCAUUACAUGCCUCAUGAUGCUGGACCCCUUGCAUAUUGAUCUCACUGACCAUUGUAAAUUGAA